AUGGAAGCUAAGGAUCCAUUAUCAUUUUCUUCUGUCAAGAUUGAAAAUGAAAAUUGUCUGGAUAACCCAAGUUCAGUUACAGAUCAUAAUGAUGGCUCAUUGCUGUUAGGCCCAUCAGUUAAGGUCGAGGUCAAGGCUGACCCAGAAGAUUAUGAGUUUGGUGAAAUGGCAGACAGUGAGAAGGAGUCAGUGAUUAGUGACGAAGAAGAAAGCAAGAAAAUAAUUGUGGAAGUUUGUAGACCUAAAGAAGAGAAACGGUUCACUUGUACAGAAUGUGGAAGUGGCUUUGCAAAAGCACAUAACCUCAAAGUGCACAUGAGAACUAUACUGAGACCUUACACCUGUGCUGAAUGUCAGAGGAGCUUCACCAAACUAGAUAGUCUCAAAGCUCACAUGAGGAUUCAUACAGGAGAGAAGCCAUUCACCUGUACUGAAUGCGGAAGGAAAUUUUCACAGCCACGUAGUCUUAGAAGGCACAUCAAAAUUCACACAGGGGAGAAACCCUUUAUUUGCCCCAAGUGUGAUGGUAGGUUUUCAGAGUCAGAUAAACUCAAAAGACACUUAGGAACUCAUACUGAAGGUGAGAAACUAGUUUUUUGCCUUGAGUGUGGGAGAAGUUUUCCCAGCCCAGCUUCUCUUAAAAGUCACAUGAGAAUUCAUCCAAAAGAAAAGUCAUGCAUUAAAUGUAAUUGCAAUUUUGAUUCUUCCAAGAGCCUCAAAGAGCACAUGAAAACUCAUGAAAGAGAGAGACUGUUCCUUUGCAACGAAUGCGGGAAAAGUUUUUACGAACCAAGUGUUCUGAGAAUGCACAUGCGUUCUCAUACUGGGGAGAGACCAUAUGCUUGCAAACUGUGUGGCAGUUCUUUUGCUCAGUCAAGUGUUCUUAAAAGGCACAUGAGAAUUCACACUGGAGAAAGGCCCUAUGUUUGCACAGAAUGUCCUAGUCAGUUUUCUCAUUCAAGUCAGCUCAAAACACACAUGAGGAUUCAUACGGGAGAAAAGCCGUAUGCUUGUACUGUAUGUCAGAGGUGCUUUACACACUCCGGUCAGCUCAAAGCACAUAUGAGAACUCAUACAGGAGAGAAACCAUACACUUGUAAUGAAUGUCAGCGUAGUUUUUCUCUCCUAGAUAGUUUGAAAACACACAUGAGAACACAUACAGGAGAGAAGCCAUUUGCUUGCACAGAAUGUCCAAGUACUUUUGCCCAAUUAGGUGGUCUGAGAGUGCAUAUGAAAAUUCAUACUGGAGAAAAAGCCAUUUUCUUGCAAUGA